AUGUCACAGUUUCUAGAAGGGGAUAUUGAUAUACUCCUGGCUACUGAAGCGGCAGGCAUGGGAUGCAAUAUACCUGAUAUUGCCCGUGUCGUACAAUUCAAGGCUCCGGACUCAUUGUCGACAUGGCUACAGCGGGCGGGCCGUGCUGGACGGAAUGUGUCGAUCCAGGCCAGGGCAGUGCUCCUCAUACAACCGUCAGUAUUCCAAGAGGUCGGAAGAUCCACACACAAGGACGGAGACACAAUCGUCUAUAAGAAAACAAUUGAACCAGGGCUGAGGAGAUGGGUCGAGGUCCCAAUCGAACAAUGCUGA